GCGCCAGCCUUGAGUCUGUUUUCUAGCCCCUUCCCGCCUGUUCACCACCACCAUGACCCCGGGCAUUCGGGCUCCUUUCUUUCUGCUGCUACUUCUAGCAAGUCUAAAAGGUUUUCUUACCCUUCCAAGUGAGGAAAAUAGUGUCACCUCAUCUCAGGACACCAGCAGUUCCUUAACGUCGGCUACUACUCCAGUCCACAGCAGCAACUCAGACCCAGCCACCAGACCUCCAGGGGACUCCACCAGCUCUCCAGUCCAGAGUAGCACCUCUUCUCCAGCCACCAGAGCUCCUGAAGACUCUACCAGUACUGCAGUCCUCAGUGGUACCUCGUCCCCAUCCACCACAGCUCCAGUGAACUCUGCCAGCUCUCCAGUAGUUCACAGUGACACCUCUUCCCCAGCCACUAGCCUUUCAAAAGACUCCAACAGCUCUCCAGUAGUCCACAGUGGCACCUCUUCAGCUCCAGCCACCACAGCUCCAGUGGAUUCUGCCAGCUCUCCAAUAGACCACGGUGGUACCUUGUCCCCAGCCACCAGCCCUCCAAGGGACUCCACCAGCUCUCCAGUCCACAGUAGUGCCUCUUCUCCAGCCACCAGAGCUCCCGAAGACUCUACCAGUACUGCAGUCCUCAGUGGUACCUCAUCCCCAGCCACCACAGCUCCAGUGGACUCCACCAGCUCUCCAGUAGCCCAUGGUGACACCUCGUCCCCAGCCACCAGCCCUCUAAGGGACUCCACCAGCUCUCCAGUCCACAGUAGUGCCUCCAUCCAAAACAUCAAGACUACAUCAGACUUAGCUAGCACUCCAGACCACAAUGGCACCUCAGUCACAACUACCAGCUCUGCACUGGGCUCAGCCACCAGUCCAGACCACAGUGGUACCUCAACUACAACUAACAGCUCUGAAUCAGACUUGGCCACCACUCCAGUUUACAGUAGCAGGCCAUUCUCUACUACCAAAGUGACAUCAGGCUCAGCUAUCAUCCCAGACCACAAUGGCUCCUCAGUGCUACCUACCAGUUCUGUGUUGGGCUCAGCUACCAGUCUAGUCUAUAAUACAUCUGCAAUAGCUACAACUCCAGUCAGCAAUGGCACUCAGCCUUCAGUGCCAAGUCAGUACCCUGUUUCUCCUACCAUGGCCACCACCUCCAGCCACAGCACUAUUGCCAGCAGCUCUUACUAUAGCACAGUACCAUUUUCUACCUUCUCCAGUAACAGUUCACCCCAGUUGUCUGUUGGGGUCUCCUUCUUCUUCUUGUCUUUUUACAUUCAAAAUCACCCAUUUAAUUCUUCUCUGGAAGACCCCAGCUCCAACUACUACCAAGAACUGAAGAGGAACAUUUCUGGAUUGUUUCUGCAGAUUUUUAACGGAGAUUUUCUGGGGAUCUCUAGCAUCAAGUUCAGGCCAGGCUCCGUGGUGGUAGAAUCGACCGUGGUUUUCCGGGAGGGUACUUUUAGUGCCUCUGACGUGAAGUCACAGCUUAUACAGCAUAAGAAGGAGGCAGAUGACUAUAAUCUGACUAUUUCAGAAGUCAAAGUGAAUGAGAUGCAGUCCCCUUCCUCUGCCCAGUCCCGGCCUGGGGUACCAGGCUGGGGCAUUGCCCUGCUGGUGCUGGUCUGUAUUUUGGUUGCUUUGGCUAUCGCCUAUUUCCUUGCCCUGGCAGUGUGCCAGUGCCGCAGAAAGAGCUAUGGGCAGCUGGACAUCUUUCCAACCCAGGACACCUACCAUCCCAUGAGUGAAUACCCUACCUACCACACUCACGGACGCUACGUACCCCCUGGCAGUACCAAGCGUAGCCCCUAUGAGGAGGUUUCGGCAGGUAAUGGCAGUAGCAGCCUCUCUUAUACCAACCCAGCUGUGGCAACCACUUCUGCCAACUUGUAGGAGCAAGUCACCCCACCCACUUGGGGCAGCUUUGGCAGUCCGCUCCCUCAGUGGUCACUGCCAGACCCCUGCACUCUGAUCUGGGCUGGUGAGCCAGGACUUCUGGUAGGCUGCUCACGUCCUUUGUCAAGGACCUCAACUACAUAAGUCUGGUGAAGCCCAGCCCUGCCCUGGGGGACACUGGGGUAGUGGUGGCUCUCAGAAGGACUGGCCUGGAAAACUGAAGACAGGGAUGGGAACCCAAACAUAGUUGAAU